AUGUUAGUGAAGCCAAAAGCCGAGGAAUAGGAAGCGGCCGUGAGGUGUCAGACUGAGAGUGGGAGAGUCAGGAGAGUUCGUGACACUGUACUCUCACUUUCCUUCACCUGUCAUAACUAAAGAGACUAAUAACACCUGGGCCAGUGACAGAAGGCAGGAGACAGAAACGUGACUUCUCAAAAGACAGAUGGACAUCUUGUUCUUGCUGGGCUACUUAGCUGGCCUGGGUGUUGUUGCAGUCAUCCUACUAUGUAUGGGGAUCUACUUCACAAGUGAGACAUAUCCGUCAAUCCGGUCCCAUGAGUCUGAGGGCUUCUUUACUGACCCCUCCAGUGGGAAAAAGCAACCCUUUCCCUCCAUCACUGACUCACCGACCAGAUCCCUCACUGUGGUGGUGCCGGCAUACAAUGAGGAGAAGAGAUUGCCGGUGAUGCUGGAGGAGAGCCUCGCGUUUUUGGAAGAGAGAGCCAAAAAGGACCCUUCAUUUACCUAUGAGAUGAUCAUUGUUGAUGAUGGCAGCAAGGACAAAACUACAGAGGUUGGCUUGGGCUACAGCAAGAAGUUUGGCUGUGAUAAAGUUCGUGUUCUGACCCUAGCAUGGAACAGAGGCAAAGGAGGAGCAGUGAGAAUGGGAAUGUUUCGGGCCCGAGGGAAGCUGCUGCUGUUUGCCGAUGCUGACGGGGCCACCACCUUCUCUGAGUAUGACCGAGUAGAGGACAGCCUGAGGAGUGCAUGCAAAGAGGAGAGUGAGGUAAGCGAUGCGCUGGUGGUGUCCUGCGGGUCCCGUGCUCACCUGGAGGAGGAGUCUGUGGCCACACGCUCAUUCUUUCGCACGGUGCUUAUGUAUGGCUUCCAUUCCCUGGUGUGGCUGUUUGCUGUGCGUGGUGUGCGGGACACUCAGUGCGGCUUCAAGUUGCUCACCAGGAGAGCUGCACGCAUCCUUUUCAACAGCCUCCACGUAGAGAGAUGGGCUUUUGAUGUUGAAAUGCUGUACUUGGCGCAGUCUUUAGGGAUGCCCAUCGAGGAAGUGGCUGUGGAAUGGAAUGAAAUAGAAGGCACAAAGAUGACUCCAGUGCUGAGUUGGCUUGAAAUGGGACUGGACCUGAUCACCAUCUGGUUGCGAUACACCCUUGGGGCCUGGAGGAUAAGAGGAGAUAUAAAGAAGUGAAGGUUUACAGCAGAGAUUAAGACUAAUAGGGGCCAAUUUGAGCCUUGGUGCUCAGAAGUUGGAUGAGGGAGGUAGGCACAAGGAAAGGUGAAGGUGGGAUGAUAGGAGAGGAGACAGCAGAUGUAGGGGAUCCUGAAUAAGUGCAGAGGGUAUUGCUUGUCACACCCGUAGAUAGUUUAUGAUGAGACUGUGCAAAAGUGGAGCUGAAGGACUGCAAUGAGGCAGUGUUGUGCCCACCAGUAGAUAUUGUUGACUUGGUGCAUCUGUGUGCCUUAACAGUUUACAGUUUUGUUACCUAGAAUACUACUGAUAGUUGAUAUCAGCUGUCAGAAGUUUUCUGGGUAACAAAACCUGUUGACUGUGGUGAAUUGUAUGUGACUGUGGGGUCAGUAAGGAAAUGAAUAUGCUGGAAUAGGCAUUUUUAAGCUUCAUAUCAGAGCCAGCUUGCAUUUAAACUUCAAGAACUGACUGAUAAAACCAUAUACAUCUAAGAAAACAGAUCUCCAAUUUAAUUAACUUGUUUUAUACACACUACUACUUAUUGAAGAAAACUCAAGUCUGCUAAAAAAACUAGGUGGUGAAUACAUUCUAAGCUAAAUGAGGUGGCUUUAAUUCUCUGGUUGGACUACUGUGAAAUACCUUUAUCUUAUUUGAGCCACUGAUGAGAUAUUGUAUUGUAUAGGCUUUUACUGAACACAGACUAGGUGGGUCUACCCUACUACAGUUUUUAGAAUACUUUACAUGUUUUGUUGGGCUAAAAGUGGUUACUGAGAUCAGGCUCUGUCCUGCUGCACAUUUCUAACUGGGAUUUAGACGUUUAAAUUUUGCAUUCUUGAAAAAAAAAAAAAAAUAGGAAAAACAAGGAAGCAAAUACACAUCUCUGCCUUUAAGUCAAGAGAAAGGGGACCUAAACUGCUGCAGAAUAAAGCCAGAUUUGAGAACACCCAAUGUCUAGUGGAAGUUGUUUUAAUCUUCCUGCUGUUGAACAGUGAGAAAUUACAAAAUUGAUUUCUAAGGUUUAAAAUAGAUCUGAGAAAUUUCUCUAGUAGACUUUUGUGAAGUUAAUGAAGAAUUAUUAAAUCCAUGCCAGUUUUCAGUGUAACUGUGUGGAGGUUUAAUGUACUUUGUGGUCUGAUGAUAACACCAUCACCGAGGGAAGGUGUAGCACAAGUAAGAAAUAUUGUACAUUUGGUAGUGCCUUUGUCAUCUCUACCCUAGAAACUCCUGUUUUAGAAUACUAUUAUUUUUAUCCAUAAACAUACAAACCACAGUGUUUGACUUAAAAUUUACCCCACAAGUUUUCAUCCUUAAAGUGAUGAAAAAAUGUUUUGUAUAUAAAAUUACAUCUAAAAUACCAGUUUUAGUCUUAACAUUGUUUAAUUGAUAUUGUUAGCAUUGAAUCUACAGUACCAUCAACCUCAAUAGAGUUAAAGACUUACCCUGACUCUCCCUCACAGUUGACACAUCUUGGGAGGCACAAAGUAGAUUGGGUACUGCAAAGCCAUCUUCACUUCUCCUGAUUUCUUGCCACAGAUAAACAUAUAUAUGAUGUGAUAUGAUAUAUUUGUGGAGUAUCCAUAGGUUGCUACAUGUCUUAAGGAUGGCAAUGUUACUGAUAAAUUUCUUAUUUUUGUACAAAGUCCCACAAAUGUGUAGUUGUGCAAUGAUUACCAAGCAAGUGUGGUGUAGGAGCUCAUGACAGGUAUCAGAAACUUAUUUGUGAAUAUUACUGCCUUAGUGUGUGUGUGUGCAUUUUAAUAUAUAGGAAAUGAGCAGUGCUUGUGAGGUCCUGUCUCAGUCUCGAUCGAUCAAACUUAAAUUCAUUUAAGGUUUUUGACUGGGUGAACUCCCUGCCGAGGCCAUUCCACAGUUCAGUACUACCUCUGUAUGGAAACCUUUCUUAUACCAUUCAAUCACCUUAUUUCCUUCAAUUUCUAGCCCUGUCCUCUUACUGUACCCAUCUCCCAUACAAAGAUAUCUAUGAAUUUUGUAUACUCUCAUCAUUGCCCUGAACACUGCAAUCAAGUUACUUUCCUUCCUUCAAGGAUGGCAUCCCUAAGUUUUGCCUUUCUUGCCUUUAUUUAUACAAUAGAUAUAUCACUGGGGAUGGGGAUCAUCUUGGUUGGUGCUUUUUGUAUUCUCUUUUUAAGUGGAGGCCACACUAUUACUGCAUUUUUCAACAUGGGGUGCAUCAGAGUAAUAAUUUAUGAUUUCUUCAUUUGUACUGCAAUGUCACUCCUAGUUUUUCAACAGCCUAAAUGUUUCUCCUCCAAUCUUUUUAAUGGGCUUGUUCAUUUUCCAUUGAAUAACUCGGUGAUAGCGCAUCUACUUUUGCCCAUCUUCAAUAUUUUUAAUUUCCUUAUAUUGAAUUUCAUUCCCUACACUGUUCCAUAUGUACAUCCUGUCUAGAUCUUCCUACAAUAUCUUGCAAUCCCAUGUAUCUCUUAGUCUUCUCAUGAUCUUAGUAUCAUAUGCAAACAUAGUCUCCAUCUACAAUGUCGUUUGUGUAAAUUAGCAACAUUAUGGGUGCCAGCACAGAGCCCUAUGGGACUCCAUUUGUUCAUUCCCUCCACCCUGACUUCUUGUCCUCAGGCCUUGUCCACACCCAAAAAAUGUUCUGUCAGUCCCCCCUUUAUGUUCCAACUUCCCCUGUAGUUGCUUAUGGGGUACUUUAUCAAAGGCCUUGCUAGGCGCACAGUCCAUUCAUCCAUCUCUCCUGUAGCACAUCAAUCACCCUUUAGUAACUUAAAAAAUGGAGACGUGAUCUUCCACUUCUGAAUCCAAAUACUCUAAGAAAGCACUUGGGUCUCCUCCAGAUAGUUUGUCAGUCUGCUUUGUAAAAUUUAUUUACAUUUUUUGCCAUCACACUAGUCAGGGACACCAGUCCUUAUUCCCUCCUUAGUGUAUUGGUACCACGUUGCCCCUCAUCCAUUCUCAUUUGUGUGUAAAUAUGUAUAUGAAUAAUAUUCAGGUUGUUUUAUAUAGGUAGUAAAUGGUGAAGAAAGGUUUUCAGUUUAUCUUUUUGACACUAAGAGUUUCAGCAUUUUGUAUUGCCCUGUACCAAUAAUACCUGGAGGGUAAUCAGAGCAAAUCCACUGCACAUCGUUUGAAUUCAUGUGCUGAAAACAAGGUUUAAUAAACAAACCAUUUCA